CGUAGCCGACAGGCAGGGAUGGAGUGUCUCAGUUUUAGACUUGCAUAAACUGCUAACAAGUCGUGGUAGGUCAGCUCUUUCUUCCUCUGGUCGCACCUACUGUUUUCAGACAUCACUAUGACCAUUGUUGUUGGGUUCGAGGGGAGUGCCAACAAGAUUGGUGUAGGAAUAAUCCAAGAUGGGAAAGUGCUGAGCAAUCCACGAAGAACCUACAUCACUCCUCCAGGACAGGGCUUCAUGCCAAGUGACACUGCACGUCACCAUCGUUCCUGUAUCCUAGAUGUGCUGCAAGAAGCGCUCGAGGAAUCAAAUAUAAAGCCGGAAGAUGUAGAUUGUGUAGCUUAUACCAAAGGCCCUGGAAUGGGAGCCCCUCUGCUGUCAGUAGCUAUAGUGGCUCGGACAGUCGCACAGCUUUGGAAGAAGCCCCUAUUGGGUGUUAAUCACUGUAUUGGGCAUAUUGAAAUGGGAAGGCUGAUAACUGGUGCAGAAAAUCCCACUGUGCUGUAUGUGAGCGGGGGCAACACACAGGUAAUUGCAUAUUCAGAGCGCUGCUAUCGAAUAUUUGGGGAAACAAUAGAUAUUGCUGUGGGAAACUGUUUGGAUCGAUUUGCCAGAGUGCUAAAGAUAUCCAAUGACCCCAGUCCUGGUUAUAAUAUUGAACAGAUGGCAAAGAAAGGCAAGAAGUUUGUGGAAUUGCCAUAUACAGUUAAAGGAAUGGAUGUGUCAUUCUCUGGAAUUCUGUCUUACAUCGAGGACAUGUCUCAUAAGAUGCUGUCAUCUGGAGAAUGUACCCCUGAGGAUCUCUGCUUCUCUCUACAGGAGACCCUCUUCUCUAUGCUGGUGGAAAUUACAGAGCGGGCAAUGGCACAUUGUGGGUCACAAGAAGUUCUGAUAGUGGGAGGCGUUGGCUGUAAUGUACGUUUACAAGAAAUGAUGGGAGUGAUGUGUGAGGAACGUGGAGCUAAGAUUUUUGCAACAGAUGAAAGAUUCUGCAUAGAUAAUGGAGCUAUGAUUGCACAGGCUGGAUGGGAGAUGUUCCGCGCUGGACAAGUAACCAAUCUGCAGGAUUCAUGGAUAACCCAAAGGUACCGCACUGAUGAGGUGGAAGUGACAUGGAGAGAUUAACUCCGUGGGAUUAAAGUGGAUGACUGGAUAAGAAAACACUUCUGUGAGAUGUCAAGAGUAAAACCAAACCUCCCUUUCUCAUGGACCAACCUGAUUAGAAUUCUUUGGUGCAUUAUGAUAAAGUAUAUCUAAAAACGGCUAGAACAGUAUUUUCUUUUUUUCACAGGGAAAGUUUAUAUUAAAUUUUUAAAACAAGAA